AUGAAAUUAAUACAUAGCCUACACCAAAACAUAGCCGCUUAGAUUUGCCAUGAUUGUCAUAUGUUUGGGUAUGUUUACUGCCUCUGCCACAGCUGUGCAGGUUAACCUGAAGCCCAAGAUGGUUAGCGUGGGCACACAGACUUCAUUCAGCCCACAAACCUCCACUCCCCUCGCUAGGCCUGAACAGACAGUUGACGAUGAUGAUGUUAAUGCCACUGUCAUCAGUCUUGGGUGCCCGAAGAGCCGAUGGAUGAGGAGGAAUUGUUUGAUGAGGAGCCACCUUACACGUGUGACCCCCACCACAAGUCUGUGCAUCAUGUGGCUACCACCGUUUCUGGCAAAACCAGCCAAUGCUCCACAGGAACAUGCCAACCUGCAACCUCCUGUUAAGUGGGGCCAUUAAUUUUACUGGAUGUUUGGCCACACGGACACUAAGAAUGUUGGCCCUGUUUGGCCUGCAGUGCAUCAGUGUCAGCAGUUUCUUUCGCCAUCAGCGCCGCUACACCAUCCCUGUAAUCGUUCAGGCCUGGAAGAAUGAUCAAGCCAAGGAUUUUAGUGACCUAGAGGCAAUGGUUGGAGGGCUAGUUCUUGCUGGUGACUGCAGGUCAGAUUCUUCUGGGCACUGCGCAAAGUAUGGGUCAUACUCUCUGAUAGAGGACAGAGUGAACAAGGUGGUGGAUGUUCAGCUUGUUCAGAGCUCAGAGGUCCCCAACAGCUCAUGGUGUGAGCUUGAAGGGCUCAAGCGCAGUGUUGGCCUGCUGAGGGGAAACGACCUGCAUUUGGCAACGCUGAUCACGGACCGACAUCGCCAGGUUGCCAAAUGGGUGAGAGAGGAGCUGAUCCCUGAAGGGACACAGCAUUAUUUUGACGUGUGGCACAUUGCCAAAAGUCUGGGGAAGGCAUUGGAUGCAGCAUCCAAAGAGUGUGACCAACUACAGUUGUGGAGGCCGGCUAUAGUGAAUCACCUCUUUUGGACUGCAGCCUCAACCCCAGAUGGCAACCCAGCGGUCAUGGAGGCCAAAUGGAGAAGUUUAGUGAACCACAUCCAGGACAUCCAUGACCAUGACACCCCUGCCUUCUCCAGUUGUGCCCAUGGCCCUCUAGAUGGAGAUCAGCGCAACAAAGAGUGGCUGGACCCAGGCUCAUUGGCAGCAGUCAAGUUGGAGAACAUAAUGAUGAGGGCUGCCUUACUGAAAGAUGUUCGACAGCUGUCUCCACAGCACCAGACCUUCUCCCUUGAGGCUUACCACUCCCUCAUCUUGCACUUCGCGCCCAAGCACACAGGGUUUUCAUACCUUGGGAUGUAUAGCAGGCUUCUCUUAGCGGCGCUGCAUUAUAAUCACAAUGCCAAUCGCGAGACAGCACGGAGAAGUGACGGGACGGAGAAGUACUGCGUGCGGUAUCCGCGCUUCAGAAAAGGUGCCCAUGUGGUGCGUCGCAUCAAAGAGGCAGCCUCAUACGGUUAUGCAACAUCAUUAAUGAAGGCCCUUCGGGAGAGCUACGCCAGUUCACCCGCGGUUCUUCGAGAGGUUAGCACCAAUUCGUCCUCCGAUGCACCCGCCCCCAUCGCCAAAUCCUUCGAACAGAUUCCUGAGGAGGAGGCCGUCAGCCUCUACCUAGCCCGGCAGUCACGCUUCAAGAAAACCUAAUUUCACAUUAUUUUUUUCCGCGGACAAGUCCAAUGAUUUAGUUGUUAUUAUUUGCAUGAAAUUUCUUUGUAUGUAAUUCAAAAUAAUUUGGCAAUCAUUUUACCUGUGCCUUGUCAAACUCUGUGUGCGGUGUUGUCUGGGCUCACUGUGUCUGCUUGAUGUGCUUUUGCAUGUAUCACUGCAUGUAUGAAUGCAUGAAAUAGUAUGUGUGUGAGUGUGAGAGAAAGAGAACCAUCAACUGACCCUCGGGUAUGACCACAAUAUUGCAGAAUUAAUUAGAAUUAGAAUGAAACAUUGCGGGUCUAGCCCUUCAUCAGUGUUCCUUGUAUGUUUUGUGCCUAACCAUUUUUUUACAUAGAUUUGAUUCCAACCUGUUUCUUAGUUCAGUAACCAUUACAAGCAAU